AUGUUGGUCGCUCCUUGCAGUCUCACUGCAGCGAGAAACGUCACAAGCACAAGCCCGACCGACGUCGCUCCUUCCCGCCCUGGCAACUGUGUGGAACACGUACGGAGCUCUCACUCCAGUGCAAUCAGAACGCGGUUGCAACUGUCAUGGCCGUUUUGCAACCCUACGCUUCGUCUGGGAUUCAUCGACCAGGGCACGUACAGUGACAAAAAAGCCUCCAAGUCCCGUGGCCGCGCGUGGACACUGCAGCCACUGAGCGCCAUGCUAUUACCUCUGGGCAUGUAA